GCACAUCCUGUACACUCAUGACAUCAUCCUCCUGCUCAUAUAUAUAUAUGGGGAAUGGCCAGAGCAUCUUUCAUAGUUCACUCACUUUCAAAGCCAGCUGAAGGCAAGAGAGAGCACCAGAGAGCUCCUUCAGUGUCUUUCUGACUGUCUGCACCUGCUUGUCAGAAGGCUGAAAGAUGAUGGCAGGAAUGAACAUCCAGCUGGUGUGCCUGAUGCUUCUGGCUUUCAGCUCCUGGAGCCUGUGCUCAGACUCAGAAGAGGACAUGAGAGCAUUAGAGGCAGACUUAUUGACAAACAUACACGCAUCAAAGAUCAGUAAAGCAAGUCCUCCCUCUUGGAAAAUGACCUUGCUAAAUGUGUGCAGCUUUAUAAAUAACCUGAACAGCCCAGCAGAGGAAGCAGGAGAAACGCAUGAAGAUGAUCUCGUUGGAAAAAGGAAACUUCCCCUUGUUCUAGAUGGCUUUAGCUUGGAAGCAAUGCUGACCGUAUUCCAGCUCCAGAAAAUUUGCCACAGCAGGGCUUUUCAACACUGGGAGAUAAUCCAGGAAGAUAUUCUUGAUAAUGGCAACAGCAAAGAUGAGAAGGAGGAAGUGAUAAAGAGAAAAAUCCCUUACAUUCUGAAAAGGCAGCUGUAUGAGAAUAAACCUAGAAGGCCCUACAUACUCAAGAGGGGAACCUACUAUUACUGAGAAGCUGGUUCUUGACCCGUGAUUGGGAUUGAUCACCUUUUAUCUAGAUAUAUAAUCAUAUGCUUAUCUAGAUAUAUAAUUACAUGUGUGUGUAAAUGUGAUAUAACUUGAUUAUUUCAUCUCUUCCACUAUUGUGGUGUAUUGGAUGUUAUUUUUCUGCAUUCAUGGAAAUUGAACUAAAUGUUUUCAAAUAAAUGUAGAUCUUGAGCAUGAUCCUGUGUUCUGUAUAAUUGGAACAGAUGAUAAUCAUAUCACAUUGAAUGUUCUGUAAUUUUGCAAAAUAUAUUAUGGGAUGUCUGAACAGUCAUCACAUUUGGCAUUUUAUAGGAAAUCUAUAAAAGAUGAUAACAAAGUUGAGCACACAUCAGUAACCCAAAGCAAAACAAUGGCACCAGUUUGUCAUUUGAUUGCUUUAUUUUUUUUUUUUUUUUUUUUUUUUUUUUUUUUGGUUUUUCGAGACAGGGUUUCUCUGUGUAGCUUUGCGCCUUUCCUGGAACUCACUUGGUAGUCCAGGCUGGCCUCGAACUCACAGAGAUCCGCCUGGCUCUGCCUCCCGAGUGCUGGGAUUAAAGGCGUGCGCCACCACCGCCCGGCUGAUUGCUUUAUUUUUAAUUGAAAGAAAUAUACACUGCUUUGCAAAAACCACUGACUCAUCUCUCAGUACAAAAGAAAGUUACUGUCCUGUAAAGGCCCAUCUGAAAGAAUUGUUAAUUAAAUGUUGUUAUUUAUGCUUAUCUCAGUGUAUCUUUAAGUGAAUAUUUUGCCUGUCAAAUGAAGUUGAUAGUUAAUAAAAUUCAACAAGUCAUCAGAAUUUAA